CCGAAAAGAUCCAACGUAAAACAUUCAGAAUCCGUUUUGUGGUAUAGAUAUUCGCAGUUUCUCUCGUUAUUCGUGAACAUAUUGACGAUAAGAAAGUGCCCAUCCACAGCCAAAAGAUGCUGACCAAAUACUGUCGUAUUUGCUUAACUAGCGCCGGUGUUGUUCAUAAACUGGACGAAGUAGUGCAUAAAUCCCUGACUCUUUAUGCAAUUCUGUGCAAAAUGUAUCCUGAGGCAUUUACUGACAAUAUCGAGGCGCAAUGGCCAACGAGAGUAUGCGGAAUUUGUAAGCAAGCAGUGUUAGAUGCGUACGAAUUAUUCACAGUAUGUACGGCAACUUUCGUAGUAUUGAAGAAUCAACUGAAAAAUAAAUCACACGCAUUGAUUCCGUUAAGAGCAGAAAUGAGUUUUUCAGAUCAAAGCUUCACUGUAGCUGACAGUGAUGCACUAGAUUUUUGCAAUGCUGAGAGCAUUACAAUAAAGAGUGAAGAUGAUAACUUAUCUUUAACAAGUGGCGAGGAAGAGAUAAUUGGUUCGACUGAAGAUCAACGGAUCAACGCAGACGAGGAUGUGCAUAGUAGCGUUAGUAUUCUCUGCAGUGCACAGCAAGCAAAUGUUGAGGAAGAGAAAGAUAUCGUCCCACCUCAAAUUGCAGAAACAAUCGAGAUUAAGAAUGAAGUUACUACUUAUUGUAAUCCUGAAAUUGUAGAAUUAUCCAUAGAAAUGGAUUGUAUGGCGCCGAACAAUACUUUUUCAACCGUUGAAGAACAUUUGGAAGAUUUUGAGGAAAAUAUGGAGUGUUUAUAUCAGUCCACAUAUCAGGAAAAUGAUGAUUAUCAAGGAGAAAAUCCAGUGCUUGAAAGCACGGAAGCAGUUCAAGGAGUAUCAGAAACGGGACGCGGAGAAACUUACGCUGACAAAUUUUCGAAUAAAUUAUUAAGUUGUGAACCAUAUCAGGAUGUGUUUCUAGGUAAAGAUUCACACGAGAAAGACAUUGAAAAGCAUUCUAAAAGAUUACAUAUAUAUUGCCAAAUGUGUGGCGAAGCGGUCAAUAGCGCAACCGCCCUGAACUCACAUAAAUGUAAGGAUGAUUCCUCGACACUAUGUUGGAUAUGUGGAGUGUUAUUAGAUACACGGGAAAAGCACAAGAGGCACAUGGAAGAUCAUGUGCGAGAAAGGACUUGGGCCUGUCAGUUAUGCUCUGUACGAUUUUCUUCAGAAGGUGCCCUGAAAGGUCAUUUAAGAACGCACCAGAAAGAUAAAGGCCAUUACUGCAAUGUGUGUGGUGCGCGUCUGUAUUCAAAGCGUAAUUUGAUCUACCAUCAACGAGCGGUUCACGGAGGAGGUGUAGAAAAGGUGUACAGCUGCACCCUUUGCGAUCGAAGAUUUUCUCUCCCUUAUAUGCUUAAGACGCACAUGAACACCCAUACGGGACUGAGACCAUACAGCUGCGUGUAUUGCAACCGAGUUUAUGGAUGUGGCGGAGAUUUAGUAGAACACGUCGCCAAGCAUCACGUUGGUAACGACAAUAUCUAUCAGUGCCAUCUGUGUGAUGCCGAUUUUCCGAAAAUAAGGGAGCUUAAAGGCCAUUACGAGAUGCAUUUCAAAGGCCAUAACGAAAUAGUGACAGAGUUUGGAAAGUUCCGGUUCACCACAAUGGAUCUGUUAAAAAUGCGAUAUCAGAAAGAAACGGCUAAACUUGGUAACAGCAAUGCCCUAAACCGGCUUAGCAGACAGACAGCUAAAUGAAAAGGGAAAGGUAGCGUAUUGAAAUUAUAGAAAAGGUUUUUUAUAACUGUACUAACCUAUUGCUGCCGUUUUAAUUGUAAUUUUAAAAUUGUAUUGUACUCUUUUGAUUUAUUUUUUUUUGUAAAAUUCGACUGACCGCCAAAAGUAAGGUAGAAUCAUUCAACUGUGCUAAUCUGUUAUAAUUUCCCUACAAUUGUAUAAGCAUCUUGGCAAUAAAAGCGGGACCCAUUCGAUGCUGUAAACAAAAA